CCCAGGAGGGCAGGGCCCAGGCUUCCUGGGAGCAGGGGAGGGGGGCUGGGCUGCUGUAGGCACUUGGGGUGAGUGGGUGGCCUGGGCUUCCCCAGGAGACAGCUGGCCAGGUCCUUUCCACACUCACCCCCUCACUUCCCUGUGCCCAGGCCCACAGCAAAGCUGAGGUACUAACCCAGCCCCCAACAGGAUCCCCCAGCCCAGCACUGGCCCGGCUAGAGCGAAUCGGGUUAAUGUUGAAGCAGCUGCUGGGGGCGGAGGCGGUGGGGACAGUGGACUGGCCGGGCGGGUAUGAAGGCCAGUGGCACUGCACCGGGCACUGUGUGGGGAGGAGUCCUGUGCCCGGCCUGAGAGAGUCCCCUCUGGGCCCUUGUGCCAACGCUGCCCCAGGACACCACUCGUGCAGCUCCUAGACGGCUGAGCACCUCGAGGACCCAAGCUCUGCCCAGCCCAACUUUCCCUGACGCCCGGAGCCCCAUGGCCUCCCUGAGCCGAGCCCUGCACCUGGCUGCCACCUGCCCUCGAUGGAGACUGGCCCCGCGCCUGGGGCUGCAGGCCCUGGCCAGCACUGUGAAUCCCCCGGCAGAGAAGAAUGUACCCUACCAGCGCACCCUGAAGGAGGAGGCUGUGGGGCCCUUGGCAGAAACUCGGGGACCUAGCCAGCCCCUGCCCAACACAGCUAGCGUGGUGGUCAUUGGCGGGGGCAGCUUGGGCUGCCAGACCCUGUACCACCUGGCCAAGCUGGGCGUGACCGGGGCUGUGCUCCUGGAGCGUGAGCGACUGACAUCAGGGACCACGUGGCACACGGCAGGCCUGCUGUGGCAGCUGCGGCCCAGCGACGUGGAGGUGGAGCUGCUGGCCCACACGAGGCGCGUGGUGAGCCGCGAGCUGGAGGAGGAGACGGGGCUGCACACGGGCUGGAUCCAGAACGGGGGCCUCUUCAUCGCCUCCAGCCGGCAGCGCCUGGAUGAGUACAAGAGGCUCAUGUCGCUGGGCAAGGCCUAUGGUGUGGAGUCCCAUGUGCUGAGUCCUGCAGAGACCAAGGCUCUGUACCCACUGAUGAACGUGGAUGACCUCUAUGGGACCCUGUAUGUGCCACAGGACGGCACCAUGGACCCUGCUGGCACCUGCACUGCCCUUGCCAGGGCGGCUACAGCCCGAGGAGCCAAGGUCAUCGAGAGGUGCCCUGUGACCGGCAUCCGUGUGCAGACUGAUGAUUUUGGGGUGCGGCGCGUGACAGCCGUGGAAACAGAGCACGGCUCCAUCCAGACGCCCUGCGUGGUCAACUGUGCAGGCGUGUGGGCAGGCGCAGUGGGCCGGAUGGCGGGAGUCAAGGUACCCCUGGUGGCCAUGCACCAUGCGUAUGUCGUCACAGAACGCAUCGAGGGGAUCCAGAACAUGCCCAAUGUCCGAGACCACGACACCUCAGUCUACCUGCGCCUGCAAGGGGAUGCCCUGUCUGUGGGCGGCUACGAGACCAAUCCCAUCUUCUGGGAGGAGGUGUCGGAUAAGUUCGCCUUUGGCCUCUUUGACUUGGACUGGGACGUGUUCACCCAGCACAUCGAAGGCGCCAUCAACCGUGUCCCUGUCCUGGAGACCACAGGGAUCAAGUCCACAGUCUGUGGUCCCGAGUCCUUCACUCCGGACCACAAGCCCCUGAUGGGGGAGGCGCCAGAGCUGCGGGGCUUCUUCCUGGGCUGCGGCUUCAACAGCGCUGGGAUGAUGCUGGGCGGCGGCUGUGGACAGGAGCUGGCCCACUGGGUCGUCUAUGGGCGUCCGGAGAAGGACAUGUACAGCUACGACAUCAGACGCUUCCCCCACUCCCUGACCGAGCACUCACGCUGGAUCCGAGAGCGCAGUCAUGAAUCCUACGCCAAGAACUACGCGGUUGUUUUCCCCCACGACGAGCCACUGGCGGGGCGCAACAUGCGGAGGGGCCCCCUGCACGAGGAGCUUCUGGGACGAGGCUGCGUGUUCCAAGAGCGACACGGCUGGGAGCGGCCAGGGUGGUUCAGUCCCCAGGGCCCGGCUCCGGUCCUUGAGUACGACUACUAUGGUGCCUAUGGGAAGCGGCCUCACCAGGACUACGCCUACGGCCGGCUGCUGGGGGACGAGUACACCUUCGACUUCCCGCCCCAUCACCACCUGAUCCAGGAGGAGUGUCUGGCCUGCCGAGGGGCGGCUGCCGUGUUUGACAUGUCCUACUUUGGGAAGUUCUACCUGCUGGGCCCCGAUGCUGCAAAGGCUGCAGACUGGCUCUUCUCCGCGGACGUCAGGCGACCCCCGGGCUCCACAGUGUACACCUGCAUGCUGAACCACAGGGGCGGCACAGAGAGUGACCUGACUGUCAGCCGCCUGGCCCCCGGGACCCAAGGCUGCCCGGUGGCCCCCACCUUUGAAGGGGACGGCUACUACCUGGCUGUGGGUGGGGCUGUGGCCCAACACAACUGGUGCCACAUCACCACAGUGCUGCAGGACCAGCAGUUCCAGUGCCAGCUCAUUGACUGCUCCGAGGACCUAGGCCUGAUCAGCAUCCAGGGCCCAGCCAGCCGGGCCAUCCUGCAGGAGGUGCUGGACACAGACCUGAGCGACGCGGCCUUCCCCUUCUCCAGCCACCAGCUGGUGCAAGCCGCCGGGCACCUGGUCCGGGCCCUGAGGCUGUCGUUCGUGGGGGAGCUGGGCUGGGAGCUGCACGUGCCCCGGGCCUCCUGCGUGCCUGUGUACCGUGCCCUGAUGACCGCAGGAGCCAAGCACGGCCUGGUCAAUGCUGGGUACCGUGCCAUCGACUCCCUGAGCAUUGAGAAAGGCUAUCGGCACUGGCAUGCGGACCUGCGGUCUGAUGACAGCCCCCUGGAGGCUGGCCUGGCCUUCACGUGCAAGCUCAAGUCGGCCGUGCCCUUCCUGGGCCGCGAGGCCCUGGAGCAGCAGCGGGCCUCGGGCCUGCGCCGCCGCCUCGUGUGCCUCACUGUGGAGGAAAAGGUGCCCAUGUUCGGCCUGGAGGCCAUCUGGAGGGACGGCCAGGUGGUGGGCCAUGUGCGGAGGGCCGACUUCGGCUUCACUGUGGACAAGACCAUCGCUUACGGCUACAUCUGUGACCCCAGCGGCAGGCCGGUCUCGCUGGACUUCGUGAAGAGUGGGGACUAUGCUCUGGAGAGGAUGGGAGUCUCUUACGCUGCCCAGGUUCACCUGAAGUCCCCCUUCGAUCCUGACAACAAGAGGGUGAAGGGAAUCUACUGAGUGGCCUGAGGCAGGGCUGUGGCCACACAGGGGGAGCAUACCUGUCACCCCCAUGGGGCCUUCCCUGUCCUUAGCCUGCCACCCCCCAAACCAGGAAAGGACGGAGAUCACCGUGGCCUGGCCAGUGCCCACUGACUGGAGUGUGUAUCUAGUUCACCCGAAACCUCCCCGGAAGCACAUCUGUAUGGUUUGGGGCACAAGGACCUCACUUUGUAACCCCGUGAAUUUCUUAGAAGCUUCAAAGUAAAACUUGGUAAGCCGA